GGGAGGGACUCAGGGUGUUGGAGAAAUACACACAGAUCCAGCAGAGAGGGGGAGCCACAAGCCUCAUAUGGAAUGUGAUAAAAAAAAAAAACAAAAACAAAUUAAAAUCUGGCUUUCCUAAUCUUCUAGAUCUUGGGGAAAUCUAUUCAAGACUACUGGACCACAGACCCGUAAUUCAGGGAGAAAUACGUUACUUUGUUAAAGAAUUUGAAGAAAAACGUGGCCUCCGAGAACUGCGAGUCCUUGAAAACCUGAAGAACACAACCUUUGAGGCAAAGGAGCACGUUCUCCCGACGUGUGAGCGGGCGAUGCCUGACGGUUUGAAUGAAGCACUCAGGAGAUUGCAAGCUGCCAACGAUAUGAUCCAUCGACUCCAAGAGAGGGAGCAUGAAGAGAGGAAG